AUGUUUGGGAAGAAGAAAAAGAGGCUGGAGAUUUCAGCUCCAUCUAACUUCGAGCACCGGGUCCACACGGGUUUCGAUGCGCGGGAGCAGAAGUUCACGGGCCUGCCCCAGCAAUGGCAGAGUCUCCUGGCAGACACAGCCAACAGGCCGAAGCCCAUGGUAGACCCCUCCUAUAUCACGCCCAUACAGCUGGCUCCUAUGAAGACCAUAGUUCGAGGGAACCGUCCCCCGAAGGAUGCGUCCAUCAAUGGUCUCCUGGAGGAGUUCGACAGCAUAUCUGUGACACGUUCCAACUCCCUACGUAAAGAAAGCCCUACGGGCUCCCACCAGGCUGGGGCCCCCAAACCCGCCUCCCACCACCCCCAACACCCCCACCCCAACGAGGAGAACGGCUUCAGCCACUAUUACUCCCGGUACUCCUGUGACCUGGACACCUCCAGUAGGGACUUCUCUCUGGAGCCCUACAGGAAGGACAGUAAAGGCUUUGCUCCAGAUGGUGACUGGGCCGUGGGGAGACACUACCGCUUCCCCAAACAGAACGGCCACCUCACCCACGCCACCCGCAUCCCCUUCUACCCCGACGCCAUGCCUCAGAAGGCCGAUUACGCCAAGCUGCCUCCGGACUACCACACCUACCUGGAGAGCAAGGUGGCGGGGGCGCGCUCGGCCGACGAGGUGGGAUCAGGGUCCGGGGUGGGCAGCGGAGGGGGGUCCGCCGGGUCCACAACAGGGGGGUACUACCGUGCGUCCGUAGGUGGCUCGUCCAGUCAGGACUACCGGGACGCGUCAAUGGUGGGGACGCCGUCCCGCACAUCGCUGCACAGCGAGCAAAUCAACUACCCGGACAGCGAGUGGAGCUACAGCGGCGUGUCCAGAGAUGAGUACGAGAAGAGGCCCAAGUCGUCGUCUGUGAGGCAGAACAGCCCCACGCCGGCCAUCAGACAGCGCUCCAGGUCGGGGUCUGGCCUCCAGGAGCCCAACGUGCCCCACAGGGCCAGCGGGGUCUUUAAGAGUCCUCCUCAGACACACCCCUACAGCUCCUACACCUACCCACGCCUCUCAGAGACACUCACCAACUCACAGGCCAUGGCCAAGGGUGAUUACGACCGGCAGUCACGGGACGGGAGUCCCCAGGUCCCAGGGUCUGACACGUACCCCCGCGGGCCCCUCAAACUACCUCAGAGUCACAACAAGCCCUCUGGCUACCCCCCCGGACACCUCCAGUACCCCCCUGUGUUCCACCACUACAAACCCUCCCCCUACCACCACCCACCCUCACAGCCCAGCCCGCCAUACACCCCACAGGGGGCAUAUUCCCAGCCAUCGUCCCUCUACAUUCCCCUGGGGGCUUACCCCCCUCCUUCCUGGGGCUCCAGUUCAGACACCCAGCCAUCCAGGGUCUCCCACGAACAGUUCAGGGCCGCCCUGCAGCUCGUCGUCAACCCAGGUGACCCCAGGGAGUACUUGGACAGUUUCAUAAAAAUUGGCGAGGGCUCGACGGGCAUUGUGUGCAUUGCCAGCGAGAAGCACAGUGGCAAGCAGGUGGCAGUCAAGAAGAUGGACUUGAGGAAACAGCAGAGGAGAGAACUGCUCUUCAACGAGGUGGUGAUCAUGAGGGACUAUCACCAUGAGAACGUGGUUGACAUGUACAACAGCUACCUGGUCGGAGACGAGCUCUGGGUCGUUAUGGAGUUCCUGGAGGGCGGGGCCCUGACGGACAUUGUCACUCACACGAGGAUGAAUGAGGAGCAGAUAGCCACAGUGUGUGUGUUGGUGUUGAGGGCUCUAUCGUACCUCCACAUACAGGGAGUCAUCCACAGAGACAUCAAGAGUGAUUCUAUCCUCCUGACCAGCGAUGGACGGAUCAAGCUGUCAGACUUUGGCUUCUGUGCCCAAGUGUCCAAAGAGGUCCCCAAGAGGAAGUCUCUGGUGGGCACGCCCUACUGGAUGGCACCAGAGGUCAUCUCACGGUUACCCUACGGCACAGAGGUGGAUAUCUGGUCGUUGGGCAUCAUGGUGAUAGAGAUGAUCGAUGGGGAACCCCCGUACUUUAACGAACCCCCUCUACAGGCCAUGAGGAGGAUACGAGACAACUUGCCCCCACGGCUAAAGGAGUCACACAAGGUAUCGUCGGUGCUGAGGGCUUUCCUGGGCCUGAUGUUGGUUAGAGAGCCGUCUCAGCGAGCCACAGCCCAGGAGCUGCUCCAGCACCCCUUCCUCAAGCUCUCGGGUCCCCCAUCCUGCAUCGUCCCCCUAAUGAGGCACUACCGCCACCGCUGA